CACAUUGUAGUCUGGAACAACAAUGAACUCUUCUACUUCUAGUUUGAACUUUGAAUAAAAAAAUAUAUAACUUGUGAAAAGGUUAUAAACAUUGGUUGAUAGUUUACAAAUAAAAUUUUAAAUGACAAAAAGAAUUCAUAAAAUAUGUCGAAGGUAACAAAAAGGAAGCAUGUCAUGAACGAAGCCCUGUGGGAUGAUUAUGAAUUACCCAAAGAAACUCAAAGUGUUGUUCGAGUUCUAAGAAGCCGGGGAAAUAAUUUGCAUGAGGUAACUACACCUAAUGGAGAAGAAUAUUUAGUUUCAAUGCCAACUAAAUUUCGAAAAAAUAUAUGGGUCAAAAGAGGGGAUUAUGUUCUAGUUGAACCAAUUGUGGAAGGAGAUAAAGUGAAAGCUGAAAUAAUCAAGAUUAUAAACAAAGACUCAAUGAAGUAUUAUAAGGAGAAUAAUUUAUGGCCUAAAGAGUUUGAUUGUGAUAAGAAAAAUACUGUAAGCAAUGACAAUGACUUGUUUGUAAAUACUAAUAGACAUCAAAUCCAAAAUUAUAGUGAAAGUGAUUCUAGUGAAUUAAGUGAAUAGUGACAUUAGCCUAAAGUUUGUGCUGUAGCUUAAAACUUAUUGUGUCAAACAUUUUUUCUACAUUAUGUUGUAGAGUUCGAGAUAAAUGGAUUAAUAAAAGGGUUAAGAAAUGGUUUUAACAAUGUAAUAAAUUUUUAAUAUAAAAGAAAACAAUC